AUGUCUAUCUUUGGAGCUCCCUCGACCCAAACACCGCCCGCUGGUGGUAGUCUUUUCGGAAACACAGCGAAUAAAUCCACUUCAUUCGGAGGCUUUGGUGCCAGUACGAACACCGCCACCCCCUCCCCCGGUGGAGGAUUGUUCGGCACGCAGCAGAACCAAAAUCAACAGCAGGGAUCAACAGGCGGGGGCAUGUUCGGCUCAUCAACCACAGCUCAGCAACAACCACAGCAGCAGGCAGGAGGCCUCUUUGGCUCGAGUACACCUGCUCAACCGGCAGGCUCCGUUUUUGGUGGCGGCGCCACUGCUGGUGGUUUAGGGCAACAGUCGCAACAACCAACCCAGCCAUCAGGCGGCCUUUUCAACAAUGCACCGAGGCCCGGCAGUGUUUUCGGGCAGCCGCAACAGACCCAGCAGCCUGCGACCGCUGGUGGGCUAUUCGCAGGUGGCUUUGGCUCUAGCGCACAGCAGCCGCAGCCGCAGCAGAGCGGAUUUGGAUCAACAUUUGGUGGUCAGCAGCAGCAACAACAACAACAACAACAACAACAAGGUCAACAACCUCAACAAUCUCAGUUUGGACAGACCACUAUGGUCCAGCCUCAAGGUCAGCAGCAAGAACAAUCGCUGUCGUCGAGUUUGUGGUCUCCCGGGCGUGCUAUCACAGGAGUCCACAGAACAGUCCCUAUGCAGAUUGCCAUUGUUAAAGAUAAGUGGGAUGCUCCUAAUCGCGCUUCACCAUUUCGAGCAUAUCUUUACAAUAACGUCGGAGAAGAGGCUGCACCAUUCUAUCAGCCAGGCCCGGAGGACGAUGAAGCUAAAUGGGAGGCAGCUUUGCGCAAGCGACCCGAACCAGGCUAUGUGCCCGUACUAGUCAAGGGAUUCUGGGAGUUAGGCAAACGCGCGCAGCGACAGAAGGAUUUCCUCAGCAUGAUGCAGGCACGCCUUCAUGAAAUCAAUAACUGCUUGACCGACCUUCUAUCUCGCCACGACCUCAAGAUUUCUCUCAAGAUCGCCGAUUGUCGACGAAAGCACAUUGUUCUCAGUAAGCGUUGUUUGGCCCUUGCAGCCAAGACUCAAGUGCUGCGCAACAGAGGUUAUGCGAUGGACGAUGCCGAGGAAGAGCUCAAGAAGAAACUCUCUCAACUUGAAAGAUCAGUUUUCGACCCGUCCCUCAAUGGUCGCGGUGAGGAGAUCUGGGCCCGUAUGCUAGCAAUCCACGAACAAAGCAAACGUCUACAGGCGGAGAUGGAACGUGCUGGAGGCAAUAUGGCCUCAAAUUCUGAAGAUGAGAUUGAUGAGCAGACUAUGAAGACAGCAAAGAAGAUUCUUGAUGAUUACCACGCUCAGAUUCAGCAUCUGCAAAAGGAACUGGCAUCUGUCCAAAAAGAAUUCAAUGAGGCUCAGAAGCUUAAUGGAAACUAA